UGUGCAUGUGUGUGUGUGUGUGUGUGUGUGUGUUUGUGUUUGUGUGAGCCGGUGGUGUAGUGGAGAAGACCCCUCUUGUCCAAGCUGCUCUGCUCCUGAGGCAGGAUGAAUCUCUUCUGCUUCUCGCUGGAGGGCUCUCUAGACAGUCUGUAUGAGGCUGUGCAGGACUCGAGUCACACAGAGGUGUACAGUGUCCCCACCAGAUCCCGCAGUCAUGCUGCCCUGCUGGACGAGCAAAAGAAAGCGAGCGGCUCUCGGCGCUCCAGCUCCACGGAUUUCUCCUAUGCCAGUAAUAGCACCUCGAGGAAGAAGACCAGUGGGAUGGUGUCAAAAUCUGUGUCAGACAAUGAAUCGCUAGAUAAUGCCUCCUGCAGUAAUGGGCCUCCACUCUGGCUGUCCGCCAGGAGCCCAGAAGAUUUACUCCACAUCAAGAACAAUCAGAAUGAAGAGCUGGAACGCUCUGUGACACAGUUCCACCACGGGGCAUCACUCGAACACCUCUACCCAAAGGUCUCCAGACCACUGAAGCUGGUAUGCUAUGAGGAAUACCCCCCCAACCAACAGCUUCAAAGGGAUGCGACUGUCACAAAAAACAAAGAAACAAGAGAGUCAAGAGGGCCCACCAGGAAAAGUCAAAAGUCUGGGAAGAAAGGGAAUGGAAAUGGCAAACCAAGAAACACAAGCAAGCCUGCAGGUAAACGUCGCUCAAAAAGUCGUGGCCCAAGCCCAGCAGCAGCAGCAGCAGGCAGAGGUGUGGCGGUGCCCCCACCAGCCCUGGGGAAUGGUAUCCACCGACUGGACCUCAGGGAUGGGGAGGCACCAGGCUCCAGGGAGCGGCAGAGUUGGAGCGCCCCAAUGGAGGCCACCCAAGUCUGGUGUCCCUCUUACCACACCUGCCGCAGACCUCACACCGAGUACCAUGUCUACUCCCAAGAUCUUACAUUACCACCAGCCAAGGACUGGACUAAACCAGGAGAGAGGAGAGACGAGCCCUCCAGCAUGGUCCGCUCAGUCACAGAUAUGGAUCUCCGAGUCUCAAAACGAUCCACUAGCUUUGGAAGAUUUGACAAGCCCCAACCACCAGCAGUGAAACUACAAGAAAAUGGAACAUCUGUGUCUGAAGAGGGAAACUCGCCUCUUGAGAGUUGUGAGCCAGGCAAACAGAGUGGCCUGGGGAAGAAGAUGAAGGCCAUUUCUUUGACCAUGCGCUUAAAGAUGGGCAGGAAAUGCGCAAAGAAUCUGGCAGAAGAUAUGGUUGUCCAACCAGACAAAGAUAAAGAGGAAGAGACAGAGACCAGUCCCACCGAUAAGCCCAGUGACUCCUCAGAGAGUCUGUACAGUGGACAGAGUUCUACUAGUGGUGUGGUGAGCAGCUCAGACGGCUCUAGCGUGAGAGGCAGCCUGCGGCUGGAGGAGGAGCCCCCCUACACAGGCCAGUUCUGUGGACGGGCCCGAGUGCACACAGACUUCGUUCCGAGCCCCUAUGACACAGAGUCCCUCAGGCUCAAGAUUGGAGACAUUAUAAACGUUAUAAGUAAACCCCCUAUGGGCAUAUGGACUGGCAUGCUGAACAACAAAGUGGGGACUUUUAAGUUCAUCUAUGCUGACUUGCUCCCUGAAAAAGAGAAAGAAGAUGAUACUCCAAAAAUAAGGCCUCAGAGACUCUCAAAAAGGCCACGACCCAAAACGCUCCUGGAAUUACUUGAACGCCUGCAAUUAGAGGAGUAUGCCUCUUCACUGCUACUGAAUGGCUACCAGACAGUCGAGGACUUGAAACAUAUACAAGAGAAACACCUUACAGAACUAAACAUCUCUGAUCCUGAACAUCGACGAAAGCUGCUAACUGCUGCUGAUGUUCACUAUGAAAUAGGAGGUGAAGACCGUGGCAAUGUUAAAGAGGACAAAGAGACAAACGACUGCCCACGGGACUCUGGUUGUUUUAUUCCAUCAGAGUGUUCAGAAAGUAGGGACGAUGUGGAGAGUCAAUCAACAACACCUGACGCUCUGGAGCACUGAUGAUAUCCAGCUCAUCAGCAACGUUGUGCUAUUCAAUGCUACUGUAUGCCGUUGUAUACAAAAAGGAGUAGGCCUAUUACAUGUAAUGUGCUUGUUGUUUUUCCACAUCGCCUUGAUUUAUAGUCAACAUGGUUUGUUAUAAAUAUUUGGCAGUUUGACUGAAAUGUGUGUGUGUGUGUGUGUGUGUGUGUGUGUGUGUGUGUGUGUGUGUGUGUGUGUGUGUGUGUGUGUGUGUAUGUGUGUGACUGAGUGUUAAUGAUAGAGGCUUCCUUUUUUAUUAACUUUCUAAGAUACUUAAUCAAUGUACAUAGCCUAUCUGAACAUAAUAAUACAAUGAUAAUAAAUUAUUUACCUUGAAUACUU